AUGGAUUCGCAGACUCGAACCAGUCCAGUUCUCCUUGCCCCGGGCCCGACUGAAGUUGACCCGGAAGUCCUCAGGGCUAUGGCAUCUUUUGCGGAAUCACAUUUCGCCCAGCCAUUUUGCAACAUCUUUGGCGACGUUUUGACGAUGCUCCGCAAACUUUUCCAGAGUGCAGAUCCAGAUGCUCAGCCAUUUGUCAUUGGAGGUAGUGGUACCCUCGGCUGGGACUUUGUGGCAACCAAUUUCAUCGAACCUGGAGACCCAGUUCUCUGUCUCAGCACCGGAUACUUCUCUGAUGCCUUUGAGAUGUGCCUUGCCACGUACGGAGCUCGCACCAAGAAAAUGACAGUGCCUAUCGGAGCUGCCCCAAAUAUUCAAGAUGUCGAGAAGGAAUUGAGAAAGGUCCGAUACAAAGCCUUGGUCGUCACCCACGUUGAUACGUCGACUGCGGUUUUAACACCGCUGAAGCCUCUUUCAGAGCUUCUCAAGCGCGUAUCUCCUGGAACGCUUUUAAUCGUUGAUGGCGUUGCCAGUGUCGCCUGUGAAGAAAUUCAAUUUGACGCUUGGGGUAUCGACAUCGUUGCUACCGGGUCACAGAAGGCCAUUGGCUGCCCCCCUGGCCUCAGUAUCAUCAUGGUAUCCGCGCGCGCUCUAGAGGCUGCUAAGUCGAGGAAAGCGCCAGCCAAUAGCUGGUAUGCCAGCUUGCCACGGUGGUUGCCGAUCAUGCAAAAUUAUGAGAAAAAGCAGUCGAGCUAUUUUGCAACACCCCCCACUCAAAUUGUUCACGCCCUUCAUGCAUCUCUGACAUCAAUUCUCUCACGCCCGCUCGAGGAAAGAUUCGAGCAGCACAGACAAAAAAGCGCUCAGGUUAAAGCAGUGGUGAAGGAACUGGGCUUGACGCAAUUGACUCUGGAGCCAGAGUACCAGGCCAACGGCCUGACUGCAUUUUGGCUCCCUGACGGCUUGUCAUCGAAGGAACUGUUGUCAAGAGUCACGGAGAAAGGCUUUACUAUAGUAGGCGGCAUGCAUAAAGAGGUCGGGCAUCAAUACGUAAGAGUUGGUCACAUGGGCCACAGCGUUGUAGGCGAACCAGAGAGACAUAUUGAUCGUGGGUUGAAGGCUCUGAGAGAAGCGUUGACAGAAUUCUAUACCAGCAAGAGCGGUUACUUUGCCUCUCGGGACAAUGGAGAAAUGGCGGGUCCGGCAAGGGCUAGCCUCUAA